AUGAUCGGCGCCGGCCUUGGUGGUCUUGCAGCCGCUGUGUCUCUGCAACGUCAAGGCCAUGCUGUUACCAUUUAUGAGAGAUAUGAUUUUGCGGGCGAAGUUGGCGCGUCGCUCAGUGCGGCGUCGAACAGAUCUUGUUUCUUGGAAGAAUGGGGAGUCGAUAUAAAGGGAGCCAAACCAUUUGUUCUCAAACAGCUCAUGAUGCACAAUUGGUCUGAUGGCAAGAUGCAAAGCAAGUACUUGCUUGGUGAUUACAAGUCCAAGUUUGGCACAGAUUACAACAACUUCCAUCGUAUUGACAUUCACAAAGAACUCCUCAAGUCAGCUUUUGAGGCGCCUGGGGAGGGCCCAAAGUGCGAAUUGAAAGUGAACUUCAAAGUGACGGAUAAUGGUGUUGAAACUUCGGCCGAUAUUAUUGUGGGCGCUGAUGGUAUCUGGUCUCUCACCCAAAACCAGAUCGGGAUCACUCCAGACUUUGAAAUGUCCACCUCAUGCUGCUACCAAUGCAUUAUCGAGGCUGACAAGCUGCGAUCUCUUGGCCUGGAAGAUUAUAUUUCAAAUGAAGCAAUCGAGUACUGGGGCGGAUUCAGAAUCAACAAGAUUGUCAUGUCGCCCUGCAGCAACAGCGAAGUCAUGAGCUGUUACUGCUUCUAUCCAGCAUCCUACAACAACAUGCAUGAGGAUGGCUGGAACACCAGUGCUUUGCCGCAGCAGUUGGUGGAUACAUUCCUGGAUCUUGAUCUGAGAACGAAGACCUUGAUGCUGAAUGCCGAGGAUAUUAAGAUGUGGAGAUUAUAUAGACACCAGCCUUAUCCUUACUGGGUGAAAGGCAAGGUUUGUCUUCUUGGGGAUGCCACUCAUCCUAUGAUGCCUGAUCAAUCGCAAGGUUCCUGCAUGGCCUUUGAAGAUGCUGGGGCCCUGGGCCUCGUCUUUCACAAGAAUUUCCGGGAGGAGUAUGGGGCCCUUGAAGGACUUGUUCUUUAUGAAAGGGUGCGGAAGGAGAGAGCUACACGCAUACAGGAAGUGAGUUUCAGAGCUCAUGAGAAUCUCAAUGAGCAGAUUGGUUGGAGUUCAUCUACAGAUCGACCGGGGAAGUUGACUAUCAAGGAGGUUUGUGGAUACAACAUGAGGGAUCAUCUGGCAGAGCUGGUUAAGGAGCAAGUAGCAGCGAGAAUGUAA